AUGACCAGCUCACAAAACAUUCUGGGCACAGCAACAAAUGUCUUUCGGGAUACUGAAGCCAAUGCUGGACUGGGAGAUCAACCUACCUUUGCAAAUACAACACGCAGAGCCGAUGCCCUAAAGCAGCUGAUUGCGUCUGUUCCUGCGGAAAACCGCAAGAUUGCUGCCACAGACAGACGCUUCCUCGACGAAGCCUGUAAGGCCUUUGACGGCACCGGCGCGUGUAAGGCUGGUCCAGACGGUAACUGGCUCGUCAAGGGAAUGAGGACGAGCCUGAAGCAUUACCAAGUACUAGGGACAGCCUUUAUGCGCAAGCGCGAGCAUGAGACGCAGCAGCCUCGAGGAGGCAUUCUUGCUGACGAGAUGGGUUUGGGAAAGACUCUGAUGAUGCUGGCGAACAUCGUCAAUGGCAAGCAAACAAUACGUGACAAGGGCACGCCAAAAUGCACCCUGAUCGUGGCCAGUCCCGCAUUGUGUAACCAAUGGGCCGCUGAAAUCUCCAAGCACACUCUUAGUAAGAAGCAGGACCGGCUUGUAGAGCAUGCGAAGAAGCAUGGCCUAGACAGAGUGGUGCAGCAUCGCGCCGGCUUCAGAUUGAGCCCAGAUGAAGCAACGGCCAAGCGUUGUAUUGAGGAGGCGGACAUCUGCCUUACGACUUACUAUGAUAUCUGCAAAUCUUACCCCAAGGCGGUAGUACCCGCUGAGCUCACUACGGCAGCACAGAAGGACCAGUGGUGGAAAGGCUUCUAUGAAGAGAAUAAGGGGGUGUUUCAUCAGGUGACCUUCAACCGGGUCGUGCUCGAUGAGGCUCACGCAAUCAAGAACCACAAGGGACACACGAGUCUCGCCUGUCGUGCUCUCGAGGCGACUCACUACUGGGCCAUUACUGGAACCCCUAUUAUGAAUCGCCUCACCGAGUUUUAUCCGUAUUUCAAGUUCCUCCGUGAGCCCUAUACUGGUUCUUUCAAGAUCUUCAAAGAGAAUUUCAGCACCCCUGACGACCCCGAUGGUACUGCCCGCCUGGCUGUCUUCCUCCGGAAGAUUAUGAUCCGUCGCACUCACUUGGAUAAACUGUUUGGCGCUCGACUACUCGACCUACCACAGCCUAAGCAGACAGUCGUAUGGCUCAGCUUCAACGACACGGAGCGACAAAUCUACGAAAUUGUCAAGAUGCGCUUUAUUCAACGCAUCAAUACGAUUUCCAAGCAAGAGAAUGGCGUGAAUUGCUAUAGUCAUAUCUGGACCAUGGUCCUUCGCCUCCGACAGCUGUGUGCACACAUUUUGCUCGUACAAGACUCCAUCGUGGAUCUUCUCAAGCGUGAGGAUUUUGAGAAACUCAAUGCCCUGUGCCAACGCCAGGUCAACGAGGACGAAGGAGCCUCCAUCUUGCUCCACCUUCGCCACGUGUUGUCCAAGAGCGUGAACGAGGAACUGGAUACUGUCGAGGCGGGUGCUGGAGGUGUUGGCACCGUGAUUGGCGCGACUCAGACAGCUCCUAUCAACGCGGUAGAAUUCCAUCAUUCCGCAGGCCAAUCCUCCGCAGGUGGCAGACAUGGGAGGAAAUACGACAUCAGCCCUUAUAUGAAAGAUCUGACUCAAUCUGGUCACCUCCGGUCGAUUCAGAAGCGUUCGCCCUGUUGUGCUUGCAGACAAUCGCCGCCGCACAAUCCACAAGUCACAUCCUGCUUUCACAUUGUCUGUCUAUUUUGCAUUCGAGAGCUGCAGAACGCGGCAGCUCGCAAUCACAAAGACUUCGCUAGCUGUCCAGAGUGUGGCAUGAAUUUCACUUCCGUCACUCCUUGCCAGCCCCAGCCCGAAUAUGGCGACGACAGCAGCAGCAGCAGCGCAACUCCUUCAAAUGCAGGAGGAAGCACCGACAACGUCCACACGAGCAAAAGCAAAAAAGACGACAACAAUAAAAACAACAUAAACGACUGGAUCGGCCUCAAAGGCGAAAUCCUCCCCUCCACAAAAACCAUAGCCUGCAAAGCCCAAAUUCUCGAAUGGCUCCAAACCGACCCGACCUCCAAAAUCAUCAUUUACACCCAAUUCAUCCCCGUAAUUCGCAUCCUCUCCCAAGUCUGCCACUCCGAGGGCUGGGGCUACGUGACCUACCAAGGCUCGCAAACGCAAGAAGCACGAAAAAAUGCCCUAUCACGCUUCGAUUCCGACCCGACAUGUCAGAUUUUACUCUCGUCACUUCGAUGCGGAGGGUUAGGCUUGAAUUUGACCAUGGCGCAGUAUGUGAUUUUGAUUGAUCCGUGGUGGAAUUCUGCGGUGGAGCAACAGGCGUUUUGUCGCGUGUUUCGUAUUGGACAGCGCAGGGAGACGAGGAUGACGAGGUUUGUGGUGGAGAAUACGAUUGAUGCGGCCAUGAUGGAGAUGAAGGAGAGGAAAGAAAUGGAAAUUGAUACUGUCAUGGAAAAUCCGAGAUUGAAGGAGAAGCUUACGGUCGAGGAGUUGAUGAGGAUGUUUGGGGAGGUGAGGACUGAUGAGGGUGGUCGGCCGUUUAUUUUUGCCGAGGGGGAGGAGGGGGGGAGUGAGGAGCGGCAGCGGCAGCAGCAGCAGCAGCAGCCAAAUGAGGUUUUGAGGAAUGGUGGUGAUGAGGAUGAUGAGGAUGAAGUUGAAUAUUGA